AUGAAGACCUUCGCGAUCCUCGCUGCUCUGGCCUCCGUGGUGGCGCUCGCCACUGCGGCUGAGCCCCUCGAGAACGACCCUGCCGCCCACCUCGAGGCUGCGCCAGCGCCAGGCGACGCGGGAGCAGGACCGGACGACAAGGAAGACUUCUACGGGGGAGGCUACCGCUACGGCUAUGGUGGCUAUCCUCGCUACGGCUAUGGCGGAUACCCGCGCUACGGCUAUGGAGGCUAUCCUCGUUACGGCUACGGCGGCUACCGCUACCACUAUGGACAGAAGACACCGCGAAGCAUAGUGACGUAA